AUGUACAGAAGCCGGCAAACCACCGUCCGUCAUAUUCUAUUCGCAGCCAGUCCACAGCUAAACUCGGUCCGAGCGGAAAAAGGUUCCGCUCGGACCGAGUUUAGCUGUGUACUGGCUGCGAAAAACGUUUUUGGGUGGGAAGUGCUUUUGAUAGUCGAGAAUUUCGUUCCUCCGGAGGUUGCCAAUCGAGUCCGUGAACGAGCUCAGUGGAUUGACGACGAGCAGCAGUGGCGGUUACCGGGCGCUCGACCGUUGUCUGCCAGUCGCCCUCCAACAGCGCCGUUGGCCAAUGUGGUUUUGGGUGCUAUUUCCGGUAUCAUAUUUGUCAGAAUUUCCAAACCAUCUACUUAUGGAGAACAUUCAUCUCAACUCAACGUAUGGAUCAAACAUUCCAACACAACUAUCAAUUCGAUAGUAUCGUUGCCUGGUCUACGUCGGCCAAUGUCCGCAUUCGAGCGGAUGAUGGUCGAUCGAGCCCGUGAGCAAAUGAGCCGACAACGACGACUGCCUAUAAAUAAGGGGCAGCUCAGUAUAUUUUGUAAAGCAGCCGUGGGAGUAAUGCUAAAUCGUGAGCGUAAUCAUGAAAGUAACCGAUGA